CACAGAUCCAGCUCAAAGCUGAGUGGACGGAAAGUGAGCUAGGGGGGCGCAGGAGCAGCAUCGGGAUGAGGGCGCGCGCACGGAUGGUAAACCUGCAUAUGAAUCUCCUCAGACACACUGGAAGUGCCCAGGAGUUGGACUGAUACUUAGCAGGCUACUACUACGUUGCAUCCCUAUCCGUUUCCUCCUCCUCACACUGACGUCCAUCCGCUGCUGAGGCAACAAAAAAAGAAAAAAAAGAAAACGAAGAAGAAGAAACUUUGCACAUUUUUCCUGCACUGGAAGCUGUUGCCUCUGGCUUCACCGGUAAGCGUUGGAUCCGUCAACUUACUGCGACUCUCCGGUGUACAGCCCGGACCUCUGCCCAAACAUGAUCGCGACGCAAGCAAAGCUGGUUUACCAGCUGAACAAAUACUACAACGAGAGGUGCCAAGCGCGCAAAGCGGCCAUUGCGAAGACCAUAAGGGAGGUUUGCAAAGUGGUGUCGGAUGUCCUUAAAGAGGUGGAGGUGCAGGAGCCUCGCUUUAUCAGCUCCCUCAGUGAGAUAGACGCGCGCUACGAGGGGAUGGAGGUCAUCUCCCCAAACGAGUUUGAGGUGGUGCUCUAUCUCAACCAGAUGGGGGUAUUCAACUUCGUGGAUGACGGCUCUCUGCCCGGCUGCGCGGUGCUGAAGCUGAGCGACGGCCGCAAAAGGAGCAUGUCUCUGUGGGUCGAGUUCAUCACCGCCUCCGGCUACCUCUCAGCCAGGAAGAUACGCUCCAGGUUCCAGACCCUGGUGGCGCAGGCCGUGGACAAAUGCAGCUACCGCGACGUGGUCAAGAUGGUAGCAGACACCAGCGAGGUCAAAUUACGCAUCAGGGAGCGGUACGUGGUGCAGAUCACCCCCGCCUUCAAGUGCACAGGAAUCUGGCCUCGAAGCGCGGCGCAGUGGCCCAUGCCUCACAUCCCCUGGCCCGGUCCGAACCGGGUCGCAGAAGUCAAAGCUGAGGGCUUCAACCUCCUCUCCAAGGAGUGCUACUCCCUCACGGGGAAGCAGAGCUCGGCGGAGAGCGACGCCUGGGUGCUGCAGUUCAGCGAGGCCGAGAACCGGCUGCUGAUGGGCGGCUGCAGGAAGAAGUGUCUGUCCGUGUUGAAGACUCUGAGGGACCGCCACCUGGAGCUGCCGGGACAGCCGCUCAACAACUACCACAUGAAGACCCUGCUGCUGUACGAGUGCGAGAAACACCCGCGGGAGACGGACUGGGACGAGUCCUGCCUCGGAGACCGGCUCAACGGCAUCCUGCUGCAGCUAAUCUCGUGCCUGCAGUGCCGCAGAUGUCCCCACUACUUCCUACCGAACUUGGACCUGUUUCAGGGAAAGCCUCACUCGGCCCUGGAGGCUGCUGCUAAGCAGACCUGGAGACUAGCGAGGGAAAUCCUCACCAACGCCAAAAGCUUGGACAAAUUAUAAACUCACAGCAAGCUUCCAAAGACAUUUUUGGGAUAAUUAUUGAAAACUCCACCCGAGUCUCCAACAAAUGUGAAGAAAAAUAAUCCAGAAAUAAAAGUUUAAAAAGUAGCAACAAACGCAAAGCAAGCCUUUUUUAAAUGGACCAAUCGGGCCGCAGAGAGAAGUCCAGGUACAUUUUCUGACACUUCCGUUGUCGUCUUCUUGAAAUGUUUUCACAAAGUGAAUAACUUUUUAUUUAAUUAUGCACAGAAGAAAUUGUAGCGUGCCAAGUUCGUUUUUCCAUCAUGUGACUUCAGAUCAAAUGUUAAUAAAAUGUUGAAAGUUAAAUUAAAAA